CGCAUAGGCGCAAGUGUCGCCAGUUUAACAACGUGCUUUGUAAACCGCAAUAUCUCAAGAUUUGUUAUAGUAGUUUUAUUGAUACAAUCAACAAUAUUUGAAGCCUACCUCCGUAGUCUCGUAAAUAAAAUAUUUUUGUAAUCUAAAAAAUGUCAUUCCGAGGACGUGGUGGCGGAGGUGGAUUUGGUAGAGGCGGCGGAGGAGGAGGCGGCCGUGGCGGUUUUGGAGGAAGAGGGGGAGGAGGUUUUCGUGGUGGACGAGGUGGUGGUGGAGGUGAUCGUAGAGGAUACGAUCAAGGACCUCCUGAAACAGUGACUCAGCUCUGCCACUUUGAGUGGAGCGUACAAAACGAUUUAGUAGCGAAAGUUGAUAUCGAAGAUGUGCCCUACUUUAAUGCUCCAAUUUAUACUGAAAACAAACAGCAAAUCGGUAAAAUUGAUGAAAUUUUUGGCAACAUAAGAGACUACUAUGUUUCCAUAAAGCUUUCGGAAAACCUAAAGUCCUCGAGUUUCGAAAAAAAUGCUAAACUUUACAUAGACCCUGCAAAGCUUUUACCGUUGCAAAGGUUUUUGCCAAAAGCGCCGGGUUCUGAAAAACGAGGAGGACGUGGCGGCGGACGAGGAGGUGGCAGAGGAGGAGGUGGACGAGGUGGUCGAGGUGGAUUUGGUAGCGGAAAUGGAUUCAGAGGGGGUCGAGGAGGAGGCGGUCGAGGUUUCGGUCGAGGAGGCGGCGGAGGUGGUUUCGGCCGUGGGGGCGGAGGUGGCAGAGGGCGAGGACGAGGUCGUUGGUAAAGGAGAUCUAACCAUCUACAAAUCCAAUAAAUUUUUACAAAAAGAUUUUACGUUUAAUGUACGAAACCGAGUCUUAGUUGAAUGGAGGGAAAAUAAUGAUAAAGGAAAACUACGACAAAAAUAUACCAAUAUAAUUCCACUGAAAAUAAAUGAAAUUAUUUUUCUAUUGGAA